AUGUCUGGCCAGUACGACAAGGAGAUGUCCGACCGGUCGAUCAACCGUGAGAGCGGUGACAAGACUUACAGUAUCGACGGCCCUCAAGAUGAGGAGGUCGGCGUGGUCCAGGGCGGCCACCAGCUGCAGCGCGAUCUGAAGGGUCGCCACAUGCAGAUGAUUGCAAUCGGUGGUGCUAUUGGUGCCGGUCUUUUCGUCAGUUCCGGCAGCGCUCUCCAGAGCGGUGGCCCGGCUCCGCUCGUCAUCUGCUACUUCAUCGUCGGUAUCAUGCUUCUGUUCACUUGCCAGGCCUUGGCUGAGCUGGCUGUUCUCUACCCGGUCAACGGUGCCUUUUACACCUAUGUCGUGCGCUUUGUCGAUCCUUCAUGGGGUUUUGCCAUGGGCUGGGACUACGCGCUCUCCUGGCUGACUAUCCUGCCAUUCGAACUCACGGCUGCCUCGAUCACGAUUCAGUUCUGGCGCGAGGACCUCAACGUCGGCAUCUGGAUUGCCGUCUUCCUCGUCGUCCUUUGCACCAUUCAGAUCUUUGGCGUGCGCGGCUACGGAGAAGUCGAGUUUUUCCUCAGCAUGAUCAAGAUCGCGGCCUGCACCGGCUUCAUCAUUCUCGGCAUCAUCAUCAACUGCGGCGGUGUCGGCGACCAGGGCUACCUCGGCGCCAAGUACUGGCACCACCCGGGCGCCUUCCGGAACGGCUUCAAGGGUUUCUGUAGUGUCUUCGUCGUCGCUGCCUUUGCCUUUGGCGGUACGGAGCUGGUCGGCCUCGCUGCGGCCGAGUCGGCCGACCCGGCCAAGUCCAUCCCCAAGGCCACCAAGCAGGUGUUCUGGCGUAUCGCGUUCUUCUACAUUGUCAACCUGUUCAUCCUCGGCCUGAUCAUGCCCGCCGACGACGAGCGCCUGCUGGGCUCAUCUGGCGCCAACACUAAGGCCUCUCCGUUUGUGCUGGCUAUCCAGGAUGCCGGCAUCAAGGUGCUACCCUCCAUCUUCAACGCCGUCAUCACCAUCUCCGUCAUCAGCGUCGCGAACUCGUGCACGUUUGGUUCUACCCGUACCAUGCAGGCUCUUGCUGAGCGCGGCAUGGCUCCCAAGUUCCUGGCCUACGUCGACAAGAACGGCCGCCCCAUCUGGUGCAUCCUGAUCCAGGUCCUGUUCGGCUUCAUCGCUUUCGUCGGCGAGUCUGGUGACUCUAGCACCGUCUUCGACUGGCUUUUGGCUCUGUCCGGCCUGAGCUACUUCUUCGUCUGGGGCUCCAUCUGCCUCACCCACAUCCGCUUCCGCUACGUCUGGAAGGCCAAGGGCAAGACGCUGGACCAGAUCCCGUAUAAGCCGACUCUUGGUGUCUACGGCAGUGCCAUUGGCCUGUUUCUGAACUGCGUCUGCAUGGUUGCCACCUUCUACUAUGCUCUUUGGCCCGCUCCAGGUGUCAAGCCCAGCGCAAACUUCUUUUUCCAGGAGUACCUUGCACUUCCGAUUGUCAUUUUGCUGUACCUUUUCUGGAAGAUUUACAGCCGGGAUUGGAAGUUGUACCUCCGCGUCGAGGACAUUGACAUCAACACGAGCCUUCGCGAGUAUGUGCCGGGCGAUACGGAGGUUGUCAAGACGUCGGCGCUUAGCUUUUCGAAGCGCGUGUUCCACGGUCUGUUUUAG